AUGAUUGAAUAAUCAGAUAAGAAUAAACAAAAUGAUUUGAUUGUGUAAUUGAGGAAUUUAAUAAAAAAUCUUGAAAGAUUAAAAGACCCAAAACAUUUUAUAGGAAACCAUACCAUAUUUUGCAGAUCAAGAUAUUAGAAUUCUCAAAUAAAUAUUAAGAUGUGCCUAUCUAAGUGA